AACAAAUCCCACCAGCCAUUCCCGGUCCAUCUUCCUGUCAUCACCAACUCCAGAUUUCAAUUGCCAAUCAACCCGUCAAUCUUCGACACAGUCACGGCCGCCCUAACUGUCCGAACCAAUUAUUCCUCAUCCUCCAUCCACAUACCAACUAGAUAGACCAAGCAAGCGUCGCAAUGUCUUCCAAGGCCCCCGAAAAGGAAAAAGACAAGGACAAGUCCAAGGUGCACCGGCUGUCGCUCAAGGGAAGCGCAAAGCUUGUUGCCGAGUUUUUUCAAUACUCCAUUCAUACCAUUCUUUUCCAACGAGGCGUCUACCCGGCCGAAGACUUCACCACCGUCAAGAAGUAUGGCCUGAACAUGCUCGUCUCCGCCGACGACCAAGUCCGCGCAUACAUCAAGAGGAUCAUGUCCCAGCUCCACAAGUGGAUGGUGGGCAGCAAGAUCUCCAAGCUGGUCAUUGUCAUUACCGACAAGGACACGGGCGAGCACGUUGAGAGGUGGCAGUUUGACGUCCAAAUAUUCUCCAAAGCCGCCCAAUCCAAGACCAAAUCCCAACCCGCUUCCGCUACCACCGACGACAACCAAAAUCAAUCUCCUAACGAAAACGCAGCCGCCUCCACCGCCGCCUCAACUCCCACACCUCCACUCGACAAGACCGAAGCCGAGAUCCAAGCCGAGAUCGCCGCCAUCUUCCGCCAGAUCACCGCCUCCGUCACCUUCCUGCCCCAGCUCAGUGGCGACUGCACCUUCAACGUGCUGGUCUACGCCGACGCCGACAGCGACGUGCCAGUCGAGUGGGGCGACAGCGACGCCAAGGAGAUUGUCAACGGCGAGCGCGUACAGCUAAGGGGGUUUAGCACGACAAACCAUCGGGUCGACACGUUGGUUAGUUAUCGCCUGGCGGAUUAAAACGAGUUUGACUAGCUGAGUAGGGACCGUAACGAAUAAUGUGUAUUUUGGCGUUUUGAACUUGGGGUGGGAUAUGGAUGGAUGGGUAGGUAUUUGCACAUAUGGCUUUUACAUAUGGAUUGGCAUUUUGCUGGCAUGGGAGUUUUUGCGGAAAGGCGUUGGAGGGAAGCCGGGUACGAUAUCAGGGAUUAAUUUACUGCUGUUCACUUCAUUUUUUACAACCCCCUCUGGUGUCUAUCGAGGGUUCUUGAAUGUCUUGAGAUGUUGUACACCACGUCAUCAUACUCUAGGUACAUACGAUCAAGCUAUCAUAAUGGUAAGAUCAGC